AUGGGAUCCAUCGUAUCAUUAGCCAGCUCGGUCUGGCAGUCUCUCACCUUCUGGAAAGCCCUCGCAAUUGCGUUCGCAUUGCUAAACCUCAAAACUCUGCCUUUGGUGUGGCAUAUCCGCGUCUACCGCUACUUCUUCCAAUAUGGCUACCUCACGACCCCCGCUGUUGAGCAACCGCCAAAACCCAGCAGCGACAUCCUAAAACCGAAAAGCAUCCUCACCCGCGCUCCGAUCAUGGAAAUCGACGUGAACAUGCACAAGUCCAACUCGACGUACUUCUCCGACCUGGACGUUUCCCGAACAGCCCUCGUGAAUUCCCUGUUGAUGAAGGGCUCCGCAUUCCUUGAGAAACGCCUCCAGAAGCAGGGCAAGCGCGGCCUCCUUCACUUCGUUCUCGGUGGCGUCUACACGAGCUUCAAGCGCGAGAUUCCGGCGUACAUGAAAUACGAGGUUCAGUCGCAUAUCGCCUCGUAUGAUGAGAAGUGGAUCUACAUCGUGACCUAUUUCUUGCAGCCGCGCACGGGGAAGAAGGCGUCGGCCGAGACGGACGAGGAUCGGAGGAAGAGGCUGCUUGCCGUGUCGAUUAGCAAGUAUGUGCUCAAGAAGGGGCGGUAUACUGUUCCUCCCAAUGAUGCGUUUGAGGCGGCUGGGUAUAGGCCGUUGCGAGCUCCUGCGGCGAAUGGCACUGCGAAUGGUACCGUGAAUGAGAAUGGAUCGCUCACUCAGCGCAAGGAGUCCAAGUCCGGCCAUACUUGGGAUGACAACAGUGAGUGGGAGCAAUUGCAGAAGGAGAUUCGCAAAGGGAAGGAAAUGGUUCAACCAUUUGUCGACCAGGAGGAGAAGCUGUUGGAUGAUUACAUGGAGAAGAUGAAACUCCCUGCGUUUGCAUAG